AUGAAUAACGAGCAAUUCCGCAGGCUACUGCUGGCGAACUCUGCCAAAUCGGGUUCUGACAAAAAUGACGUUUCGCCUCCCACUUCCCGCCCAGGGUCAGGUACCCCCGUCGUACUCGGGUCCCGACUCAAGUCGAACAUUCCCAUGACCCCUCGCUCUGUCACCGGCGCGCGUGUGGACUUCGCCAAGCAGCUCGCAGAACGGAACCAGACUUUCGAAAAGACGCAGAAGAAGAUCAAGUCCUCCGUCCCCAGAGGCAGCAAAUUCGCCGAGGGCUAUGUCGACCGCGCCAAAACAAGGCAAGAAGAGGAGGAGGACGAGCGGGCGGAAAGACUAAAGGCUUUGGAGGAGUCUUUCAAGAAGGAGGAGAUUGACCGCGAGACAUACGACCGGUUACGAAACGAGAUAGCGGGCGGCGACCUCUCAAGCACACAUCUUGUGAAGGGUUUGGACUUCAAGCUGUUGGAGCGGAUAAAAAGAGGAGAAAAUGUCUGGAGCGAAAAUGUAAAGCCGGAUGGGACAGCAGAGGACGAGCAGUCGCGAGAACCAGUACACGAGGAAGACCCGGAUGCUGUCCUAGAGCAGCUAGCGUCGACUGAAGUCAAGGCGAUCGAGAAGGAGAAAGUGCAAAAGAAGGGCCAAUUUGCUACCACUACGCUCAACCCUGGCCAAAAAAGGUCGCGGAAUCAGAUACUGGCUGAACUGAAAGCUGCACGGGCAGCAGCAGCCAAGGCCAAAGAGGAGUCGAGUCUCGGCUCCAAGUUCAAGAAGAUCGGCGAGAAGAAGACGCCUGGCACGAGGCUAGAAAGAGACAGCAAAGGUCGUGAGGUCAUGAUUAUCGUCGACGAGGAUGGUCAUGAGAGGCGGAAAGUCAGGAAACUCGAUCCCAAGGCUUCCGAGGAGCAAGAAAAGGAAAGGGAGAUGCUGGUUUCGAGCAAAGUUCUUGGCAUGGAGGUACCCGAGGUGUACAGGAAACAGCAGGAAGCACAGCAGGCUGAGGAAGAUGCCAAGGAAAUCAGCAUCUUCGACGAUGCCGGCUCAGACUACGACCCCCUGGCCGAGCUAGCAGGAUCCGACGAGUCUUCGGACGAAGAAGGCGAGACCAAAGACGAAUUCAAAGCGGAAGCAUUAGCUGCGAUGCCUCCGCCACCACAACCCGGCGCUCCAGCAGCAAGAAACUACUUCAAGGACUCCAAGACGGCGCUCACGUCAGAAGCAACGUACAAAGCCCCGUCGCUUGACGACCCGGCCUUCCUGGCAGCGCUCAAAAAGGCCAAGGCUGCCAGCGCCCUGGAGAAGUCGGAAGAGGAGCGGAAGGCUGCGGAGCGGGAAGAGAUGCUCAAGAAGAAGCUCAGCGAGUUGCACCGAGACGAGGAAGACAUGGACAUGGGCUUUGGCUCCAGCCGGUUGGAAGACGAGGCAGACUUGGAAGAGACGAAGAUUAAGUUGUCUGCUUGGGGCGACAACGACGACGACGAUGGAGGAGAGGGCGGCGGCAGCAAGUUAAAGCGGAAGACGGGCGGCAAGAAGAAAAAGAAGAAGGGAGAUAAGAACAACUUUGAGGACGUCAUGAGGGUGAUACAGAGGCAGAAAGGGGGUGGGUGA